GGAUAGAUAUUAAAUCAUAUUAAAUCCAAACAAAUCAAUUAUAAAUCUCGCACAUUAUUACCACUAAAUUCAACAUCAUUUUGACUAAAAAUAAAUAUGGCCGGAAAACUGAUGCAUGCGGUUUGGUACACUUGUUUCGGCGGAGGUGUUGCCGGUUUGAAGCAUGUUGAAAUUCCUAUUCCUUCUCCUGGUCAUGAUGAGAUUUUGAUGAAAAUAGAAGCAGCAAGCAUAAACCCGAUUGACUGGAAGAUACAGGACGGCUUCCUACGCCCUCUUUUACCCAAAAAGUUUCCUUUAGUACCACUUAGUGACGUGGCAGGAGAAGUUGUGGAAGUUGGACCUGGUGUAACGAACUUUAAAACUGGUGACAAAAUUGUUGCAACUCUUGGGGGUCUGAGUGGAGGUGGAGGGCUAGCCGAUUAUGCCGUGGCUAAAGAAAGCUUAACAGUUUCAAGACCACCAGAAGUACCAGCUGCAGAUGGUGCCUGUCUAGGUAUUGCAGCGUGCGCCGCCCUGCACUCCCUUACUGUAACCGGUGGACUAAAACUGGAAAAGACAGAACCACGAACCAACGUCCUAAUAACUGCCGCUUCUGGUGGUGUUGGUCACUAUGCAGUCCAGCUAGCAAAACUAGGUAACACCCACGUGACCGCAACAUGCGGGGCCCGCAACAUCGAUUUCGUUAAAAACUUAGGAGCCGACGAGGUUUUGGACUACAAGACCCCCGAAGGAGCCGCCCUCAAAAGCCCAUCGGGCCAGAAAUAUGACUUAGUGGUCAAUUGCACCACUGGUAUCCCUUUUAAAACUUUCGAGCCCAACCUGAGCGCAACUGGGAAGGUUAUUGAUAUAACACCAGGUGGUGGUACAUUUUUUAAUUAUGCAUUGCAAAAACUAACUUUUUCGAAGAAGCAAGUUAUACCAUUACUCAUGAAUCCAACCGCCCAAGAGAUUGGCUUUCUUGUGAAGCUGACAAAAGAAGGGAAACUGAAAACCGUUAUCGACUCGAGAUACCCUUUUAGUCAGGCUGAAGCGGCUUGGGCCAAGAGCAUCGAGGGCCAUGCCACUGGGAAGGUGGUUGUCGAGAUGUAAUGUAUGGGCGAAUGACGUUAUCUCGAUUUUAUAAUUCGGAUUGUACUUGUAUUAAUGUAUUCUUCUUUUGUAAUUCGGUGUGUUUUAUGGUUGAAAUUAUGGUGUUUUAUGACUUCGUAUUC